AUGCUACUCAAAAUUGGUUAUAGCUUUCUUCUAAUUCAAUUCAUUGUCAUAUCGAUUUCUGCGGAAAAAGAACGGGUUACGGACGGUUCAGUCUCCCCACAAGACCGUCAUAAGCCAGCAGCUCAACAGAAAUUAAAUUUGAAAUCCGGACAGGAAAGUGUGGAGAAAUUCGCAAAAGCAUUGGACACCAACAAGGACGGUUUCGUUGAUAAGAAUGAACUUCUGGCAUGGGUUUCCGAGUCAUAUCAGAAAACUGUUGAUAGGGAAGCAGUGGAGAGAAUGAGUGAAUUGGAUGAAAAUGCAGAUGGAUUCGUGUCUUGGGAGGAAUAUUUGAGAGACUCGUUCCCAGAGGAAGAGUUGCAUAAUAAGGAAGAAGAAACACUGAUUGCCCAAGAUAAAUUGUAUUUCAAACAAGCCGAUCAAAACGAGGAUGGAAAGCUGGAUAUGCAAGAGCUCGCAAGCUUUUUGAACCCAGAACAUCAUCCACAUAUGCAUCCGGUUCUCAUCGCAGUUACUCUCCUUGAGAAAGAUCAAAAUGGAGAUGGAGCAAUUGAUGAGAAAGAGUUUUUGGGAGAAUUGGAUGAUCAGAGAGGAAGUGAAUGGUAUAAUGUUGAAGUGGAAAGAUUCCACACUGUCUACGAUAAGAACAAGGACGGAAAACUGUCUGGUGAUGAGCUGACAGCGUGGCUUCUUGUCGACGGAACCACGGCCGGUUCCUACGAAGCUGAAAGUCUUCUCCAGAAUUCAGACGACGAUAAAGACGGAAAAUUAUCGUCUGAUGAAAUUGUGAAGCACCAUGCACUUUUCGCAAAAACCGAAGCUGCUCAAGAAGCUGACCAUCUUCAUCCAUAUUCCCAUGACGAGUUGUAA